CAGCAGCAGCAGCAGCAGCAGGGAUACGUGGGUGCCGCCGGUCUGCAGGUAGCCAUGCCGCCUCCCACGCUGUACCCGGGCUUCGGUGGCGGGCCGCCAUCGGGGCCAGAUUCCCCCGGCGACAAGUCCCUGCGGCCCGGCCAGGCCCAGCACUGCAAGCGGCCCAAGACCUACCUCUGCGAAAUAUGCGACAAAAAGUUCACCAGCAUGGGACACCUGAAGCGGCAUUUCAACACGAUCGUGCACCGGCAGGCCAAGGACGGGAAGCGUUCGGGCGGCCCCGGUGCAGCCAAGGCGAAGCAGCGGCCGCGGCCUGGCUUCGGCGAGCCAGCCGCCGCGCCGCCUCCGCUGGUCAGCAUGGCGUCCGGCAUGUACGGCAUGGCUGGCUUCCCGGCCAGCGGGCCGCCUCCGCCGCAGUACCCGAUGACGCCACCGAUGCAGGAGAGCCCGGCGCCGCCGUCGCAGCCGAGUCCGACGCCGAUACUAGCGCCACCGCCGCAGACGCUCGGCUACGCUCACCAGGUGGCGCCCGAGUACCAGGUGUCGGUGGCGACCGCGCCCAACCCGCAGCCGCUGCCGACGUCCUUCCACGGCGCCUACAGCGCGGCCGGCAUGCCGUACGGCUUCGGGAGCUACCAGCCGGUGUACAGCCAGGCGGGCCCGCCGCCGCAGCAGCCUCAGCCACCGCCGCAACAGCCCCAGCCCCCGCCGCCGCCGCUGCCCGCGCCUCCGGCGCAGCCUGACGACGGCGACGGGGGUGACGCCCAGUCGGAGGGUGCAGCAUCGCCAGGCUCAGCCAGCGGCAGCGGGCAGAGCUCCGAAGACUCCGAGCUGUCCGAGGAGCCCUUCGUCUGCUGCAACAAGCGCUUUUCGAGCCUGCAGUACUACAAGCUGCACCGCGAGAGCCAGCACAACGGCGAGCGGCUGACGAAGUGCGCGCAGUGCGGCCGACGACACCGGCCCGAGGUCAGCUGCCAGGAGUACGACCGCACGCACCGGCGGCGCCACCAGUGUGACACGUGCGACAAGGAGUUCACGCACUUCUCCGACCUCAAGCGGCACAAGUACACCCACUUGACCGAGAAGCCGUUCAUUUGCCAGCAGUGUGGUAAGGGCUUCAUCCGUAAGGAUCAGAUGGAGAAGCACAUGCCCACCCACGAGGCGCCGCCGGCCAGCCCGCAGCAAAGCUGGUCGCCGCACCCGGGCCAGGCUCAAGCAGCUUUCUCCGGCACCACCAACGGCAACACCAACGGCCACCUGAUGCAGCCCAGCUUCUGACCGGCUUGCGUCGCCAGCUCGCCUCGAAGUCGGCGCACCGAACUCAGGACGCUCCCCUCCCGCGAGCCAGCCUCGCUCGCUUUCAGCGCCCAGUGCCAUGUACAUAGCGACGUUGUGAUAGAUGUGACGUGUGCAUCUCAUCGGGAAAAGACAUGUGCCAAGUUCCUACGCAUCUCAGACGAAUCUCAGGAAGGGCGGCGCGGCCGCGCGCGCGCGCUCGGCGUUGCAUCUCAGUGACGAGCUCAGGGGUCUGGCGCGGGCGUCUCCGGACGGCCGCAGCCUGCACGCUCAGUGACGCGGAGGCCGUACUCGUCGCUGGCUUGGCGUGGCAUUGUGUUGAAAGGCGCGGCGGCGAGGCAUUGUUUUCGAUGACGCGAGUAUUUUACAGAUCAUGCGAUCGACUUUGACGUCCGUUCGGCCGGCGCUGGACGGACUCAGGGAAUCAUGUUGUUGAUUGGGCUGUUGCGCGGGGCUGUCCUGAUCGUUGUCCGCUCGCGUUGGCCACGUGACUUAGGAAGGGGCGUCAGUGCCAUAGAGGGGGCCAACAACGCUACGACUACGGGAAUGCAUAUAUGUGCCAAUACUGCUGCGCGAUCGGUGAGAGCGGGCAAGCGCGUGUGUCUGUUGUGUGGCUGGCAGGCCAGACCUGCGCGUAUGUCAUCGAUUAUCAUCUUUGCCCUUCCACUGCACUUUACGCUCUUUCGAGCUGCUCCCGUUUCAGGUUGUGAUGAUCUUCAUCCACUCGCCGUUCGUGUGUAUUUAAUAAACACCCGAAGAAACAUU